UCUGUUUCGACUUUUAAAUGCGUCUGCCUAAUAUAACUGCUGAUAGUUUCUGCCGGUGUGUGUCGAUAUCACAGUCUAACGUGCCGUUCACCAACAUUUAUCAGAGUUGUUAACAGUAACAAGAUGGCCAGAUAAUUUUUGUGUGAUAUUGAUUGACCAAUAUUACCUUGUUCUUUGAAUAAGUGCGAUGGAAUCUGAGCAGUCGGCGAGAACCUUAGUUUAAUGUUUCAUCCCAUCGACGGCACCCUAAUAGUGCAGGGCUCCUUUAACAACUGCGCCGAAGUGUCAGCCUCGAUUGUCAGUGCUGAAGCUCUAGAGCAGCAAAACCUUCUGAUUCAGAGAUGAGAAUGCUAUCAACAGAGCCACAGCUGACACCAAAAGUCACAUUUUAAAUGGGCAUAAAAACUCCAUUGGAAAUAUACGGAAACAUUCACUCUACACCUGCUCUUCUGAAAAUUAUGAAAGGAUUUAAGACUGCCAAGGUCACUUCUUAGCCUCCACUUUUCAAAAGAAAGAGACAAGUCUGUUCAUCCUUUCCCAGCAGAUUGCGCCAAUCAGCCGACAGGAAGCGGAUACUGAUGGUUAUUGGUUGCCCACGGCGAUGGAGCUGACCGUUGUUGUAUGGAUUGUUAUGAGACUCUUAUUAAACAGCGUUAUUGAGGGCAAUUUGCUUGCCGACAAUAAUCUGACUGAAAUUGUGAGUACUUCACAUCCGUUGAAUUCUAACUCUGGUAAUACCACGAGCUUCGUGGAUCAGUGGACAGAUUUAACAACAGCUUCAUCGACAGUAACUCAAAGUGAGGAUCUGCCGCGAGUAGGUACACUGCCAGACCUUCAAAUAAACGUUCACUCCUUGUGUGUUUGCAACUUACUGGUGGAACAGUGUGAUAUAAAUUGCUGCUGUGAUCCAGACUGUAGAAAAUCUGAUCGAGUUACUUUUACAACCUGUGAUAUUAAGAUUGUCACGGAUGAUCGUAAGCUUUGCAAUCAAGAGGCAGCAAUGUAUACUUUGAAUUGGAAUAAAUCUGUAUCCUUGAUCAACCCCAGCAUCUUUUGCAUUAAGACGAACAAUUACAGAGCAGGAUCAUCUUUUUUUGCCCCAGAAGUGCCAACCACUCAUAAUUUUGGCAGAUUAAUGAAACAAUUUGGUGGUUCUUCCUUUAGUACACCAAACCCACCAACUACAAGUAGAUCCAACUCAACGGCAAGAGGCUAUCAGUACGGGGUUCCUGUUAAAGCAGUUGAUGAUUUUCUGAGACUUCCUGCACCACUGGCAACAUCUGAAUGCACUGACAAUAACCCAGCAGGCUUUUUAGUAAAUCAGGCAACACAUUGCAGCAGAAGAUUUGACAUAGCAGCAAACUGCAGCAACUUUAGAGCAUUAAGCAUACAACACUAUCUCAAUUUUCGUAUUUUGCCAAGCCCCAAUGCAAGCUCAGACAGUGCUGAUGAAGGUGUCACUGGCUGGACCAGCAUUUAUUGCCCAUCCCUAAUUGCCCUGAGGGCAACUAUGAGUCAACCACAUUGUUGUGGGUCUGGAGUCACAUGUAGGCCAGACCAGAUACAUUUACUACUUACCUCUAUUAAUGUGAGAUCUCUAAAUGGAACGCUAACACAUCCAAGUGAUCAUGCUGCUAAUAAUUGGUUGCCUGGUUUACAUAAUGAUAUCUGCAGAAAUGUGGUGUUAGAGGUGAAUUAUGUCAUUGUAUAUAAUGAUAAAGGAAAAAUUGUGAAUGCCUCUGCUGCAUUCAUUCUUGGAGCCAUUGAAAAUAACACGGUACCAAUACAACAACACUUCCAGAUUACAUUCGUUCAGGACAAUACAACAGGAGUUCCUCUCAGUGGAAAUCCAGGUUACAUUGUUGGACUCCCUCUAGUGGCUGGAUUUGGACCAAAUGCCUCAUUUGGCAUAAUUCAGAGCAAAAACAGACUUGGACAGCUGACUGUCAUUAAGAGUUCAACUAAUCAGGACUGUUUAUGGAUGGAAGGACUUCGGACACCAGUACUUUUUGGAUAUAAUUUACAUUCAGGUUGUACGUUGCGUAUAACGAACAGCACAACAUGCCAUCAGUGGUCGCAAAUCAUUAGAAAUCUGUUAAUUGGUCAAAAUUUUCCACAAAUCGUGGCAUCAUUUGGAAAUUCUCCAGUCCAGUAUGUGAAAGACUGGGUGACCAUCAAGCAAUUUACCUCUAGAGCUCAGAGUUGUGACUGUGAAGUUCCUCAGUCUCUAGCCCUCAGGGUAAUGUGGACAAAGUAUGGAUCCUUAAUAAAUCCACAGGCUAAAAUAGUCGAUGUCACUCAAACAAUCAGAAAAACCUGCAUUAUGAUCCCUUUGAAAUCUGCAAAAACUUUACAUAUUUCUACCUCUGUUACUUUUACGGAUAUGUCAGCAUCUGCCCAACCUGGAUACAAAAUGAGACCAACGAUUGAUGCCAAAUUGCCUUAUGAUUUCUUCUUUCCUUUUUUGUGAAAGGUCCUGAACUGCUCACAGGGACAGGAUUAUAUUCAAAUUUUAGCCUGAAAUUGAUAAUAUGUCUGCUUUGUAAAGUUAUUGACUAUUUUUCAGCUGAAAUUCCCUCAAGUGUCAUGUUUUCUAGCUAGAUAUAUGAUCAAAUAAUUUGGACUUUGUAUAUACAUUGAACAUUGAAGAAAGUUUUAGCAUACAUUUCCAACUCGACAGCAUUUACAGAAUAGGAAUUGUAACUACAAGCAGAUAUUCUUUUAACAGCACUGAAUUCAUUCACAUGCAGAGUACAAAGGACUGAAAUAUUUAUAGCAUGAAAGGAUUUUGGCAGUAUUUAAACUGUAUUGCAAAUGGUCUGGUACCAUUAUUUUAUCUAUCUUUUAAAUAGAUGCUUUCUACGCAAGGAGAAUUUUUAAACCUAAUUUGUACUUUUACAAUUCAUUGCUGCUUUUGUUAUAUCUUAAAAUUGUUAUGAGUUUUCCAAAGAAAUUUUAAAAAGUGUAUGAUUGUCUUCGUAAUUCAACCAUCUAUUUCAAGAAAAAUGAAUUCAUUUUAUGUAAGUUAUUGAUAUCCAGAACUCUCUUAGGUCAACUGUCUAUAUCUAGAAAACUAACAUUUAAAACAAAUUGGCAAUAUUUCAGAGGGGCAAAGACAGAUGGAAGAUGGAUAAAAGGAGCAGACAGGUGGAGAGGAGACAGACAGGUCAAGAAGGCAGGAAUGGAGACAGUUAAAGGUACUGUAGGUAGGGAGUUACACUCACAUUUACUGGCUCCAUUCCGGUCUCCUUGACCUGGCCAUCUACUCUCCACCUAUCUACUCCUUUAUCCAUCUUCCAUCUGUGCGCCCCCCCCCCUAUUUAUUUGAGUCCCCUUCCCCUCCCCCAUUUCUGAAGAAGGGUCCAGACCUGAAACAUCAGCUUUCCUUCUUGUCUGAUGCUGCUUGGCCUGCUGUGUUCAUCCAGCUCUACACCUUGUUAUCUCAGGUUCUCCAGCAUUGGGAAUUCCUACUAUCUCUGGCAAUACUUCUAUUCUGAUCAAAGAAUAUUUGUUAAAAUUCAUUUUGUAUAAAUUUAUUGUAUGUAUAUGUACCUGAAAUGAAUUAAAACUAGGGUCUUUAUACUUCUAUCUUGACUAACUAUAUAAAGUGUUAUUAAUUUUGCAUCUGUUCACAAAUCAUCUAGUCAAUAAACAUAAGCAGUUUGACAUUCAAAA